AAUUGACAAAAUUGCCCCUUUAAAAGAAGUACUUGCAUAGUAUACAUUAGUUAGUAAUAGACUUCUGGUAAUAGACUAGUGAUAAGAUUCGUUAAUGACAACCUGAUUACUGAUCUUGUCAUGUUAUCCAGUAUGGUGUAAUUCUUCACAACAUUAAUUUACACAAACAUGUCCCGGUAGUAUUUAUAUUUAAGUGGACACAAUUAUAGCUAGGUAUAUACGAGUAACGAUGUCUGCUGCAUUGAGUAUACUGCUCUUUCUCGUGACCUUUAUCCAACAUGGUACAGCCCAGUAUAACUCGCAAUGGCAGCAAAAUGUUGGAAUGGUACGUGAUGACAGAAUGCAACAAUUGCCAUUAAUGAACAAUCCAGAAGAUCAAACGUCUUAUGAACGAAGUGUAUUUUCAAGAAAUAACAACGAACGUGGACGACAAGGUUUUACGGAUGAUUUUAGAAGACAACCUCGUUAUAGUGGUACUACAAAAGACACAGAUAUAUCCUGGAAGGAUUACAUGCAAAGAAGCAUGAAUCUAAGAUUUUGUGAUGACUAUGUGGCAGGCUUGGGGAUAGCAACAAGAAUAGUAUCGAAUUCAGUUUUACGGUCAUGGAUGGCGGAUCUGUUAUGUGAAAAAAUGAUGUUUGAUUAUGUGAUGCCAUGGACGACGAAAAGGUUUUUUGGAUUCGAUUAUGCAAAAUGGAAACCGGAGGUAAUAUAUGAAAAAAAAACAUAGAAUGGAGCUCUAAUCUUGCAGCCAAUGAUUAAUUGAUAAGAAAUUAUCCUUUCGUUUGGACAUGACUUAAAAUAUUGUCUUUUAAAUUAGUUCAAAUCGCAAAAAAAAAACAAUUAUAAACUCAGCUACAAUGACUAUAUUAUUCUAGCCUAAAAAUGUGUAAAAAAAACCCAGGCCUACACGUAAACAUGCAGAUAUUUGUCUGAGUGAAUUAUUGUCAGUUAUAUUUUUCAAAAUGUGGAUGCAAGAUUGAA